GUAUACUAAUAACCAAAAAUAACACUAAACAAGCGCAAAAACAAACACAACCUACAAAUAAGGGAAAAAAUACCUAAAAUACCCUUUAUUAUUUAUGGGAAAGUUAUACUUGUAUAUUAGCUAUAAGUACUGAUUGUUGUCAAGAUGAAAGAAACCCAAAUAUCAAACUCUGAAAAAACUUUUGUACAAAAAAUUAUAGCAGGUGGACACCGUUUAGAUGGGCGAAUUUAUAGUGAAACUAGAAAUCUUCAAAUCGCGUUCGGCUCCGAUUAUGGAAGUUGUAUGGUUUCACUAGGAGAAACGAAAGUCUUGGCGCAGGUAUCAUGUGAAGUGGUUCAACCAAAACAAAUUAGGCCAAAUGAAGGUAUUAUAUUCAUAAACGUGGACAUUAGUCCUAUGGCUGCACCACAAUUUGAGGCAAAUAGACAAACAGAUCACACAGUAAAUCUGAACAGAUUAUUAGAAAAGUGUUACAAGGAUUCAAAAUGCAUAGAUCUUGAAUCUUUAUGUAUUGUGGUCGAAGAAAAGGUAUGGUCACUGAGAGUCGAUGUUAAAAUUUUAAAUCAUGAAGGAAACCUAAUUGAAUGUGCCAGUAUAGCUACACUAGCUGCAUUAGCUCAUUUUAAAAGGCCUGAUGUAACUCGAGUGGGAGACAAAGUUAUAAUACAUUCUAUUGCUGAAAAGGAUCCUAUUCCAACAGUUUUGUACCACUACCCUGUGUGUUUGACUUAUGCCAUUUUUGGAAGCGAUAUUCUUUUAUCUGAUCCAAGCUACAUAGAAGAAGCAGUAUGUAUGUGUACAUUUGAGGAAGGAAGUGCAGGUGGAGGCUUGCUUGUUGUUGGUAUGAAUCAAUAUAAGGAGCCUUGUUUAUUGGAUUUGACAGGAGCUGCAAUACACAAUGUUAAUAUAGUACAUAAAGCAAUACUAAGUGCAUCAGAGAAAGGAAAAUCUGUUGUUGAUGUGUUGAAGAAGGCUAUAAUCAGUGAUGAUACAUUAAGACUAAAGAGAGUCAAGAUUAAUUAUGCAGAUAUUAUAACAGCUGAACACAAGCAAUCGCUUAUCAAAAAGGAUCUAAGCAUUUGCCUUAAGAAUUAUAAUGCUAAUGAUAUCAACCCAGAGAGUGAUGUGGAAAUGGAUGAUGAUGUGCAAAUAGUUGAACCUAGCAAAUAUGAUGUUGUCCCAACAUUACCCAAGACAGCUGAACUCAAAGUUAAGGCAGAAAAAUCAGCAUGGAUUGAGAUAUCGUCAGAAGAGGAUGAUUAAAUUAAAAUAAUUUAUGCAAUUA